AUAUUUGUAUGUCUCUUUAAUUUGGUCUGUGGUAUGACUGACGCCUGUGCUGUUUGUUUUGAUUAUAAUUUAAUGACGAAUAAAAGAUUAGUGACUAGUGCGCACAAAAACAACGUAAAAACUGUUGUGAUUAUUAUUUACUGUUUACAAAUGAGGAAGAAUUUUUAAUCAAACCUACAUUGAACAAAUCCACAGGAUUCGAUAUUCUGUUACUCUGUCGUAAGCACCAAAUUAUUUGAGCCUUCCAACAACGCUCACCGUAAGCGAUACGACUCCAGAGUGUUGUUUGGACCGGGAAAAACAAUUGCGCAUUUAUCAAUUUUGACCAAGCGAUGAGAAGAUGGCAACUCUGCUAGAAAAUACAAAAGGGAUGACAGAUUCCGAAACUCAUCUGUUGUCUUUCAGCCUCGACAAUUUAGAAAUCGACCCCACCAGGCCUCAUAAAUAUCCUGGAAACAGUGCGGAAAAGGACAAUGAUAACAAAGAACUAUAUCCAACUGGUUGUGUAAUAUGCCGUUGCAUGAAUACAAAAUCACUAACCUGUGCAUAUCCUCAAAAACAAAAUACUGAAUUGUCAUCAAAAGAUUGUAUACUAAGGCCUCCUAAGUUAAACAGAGUAGAGAGAUGUAAGCAACAAUAUGCAGCAGCAUCUCCUGUACCUGUCAAUCGAAGGUUUAACCGUAAACAAUUAAAUCGAAAAUGGUCAACCGAUGAUGAAUUUCUAUCAGAAUUAUCACUGAACAAUAACAACAAUAGUAACGAGUGUACUAAUGUCAUACCAUGCACGGAUGAUGUAACAAUUGACGAGUUGGCCAGUUAUUUUGAAGAUCUAGUACACAUUCCUAAAAAAAUGUCUGACAUGGCUGAACUGAUGUACAAUUAAACAUAUACAUAAAUUAUGGAUCAUUUAUUGUUAUUCUGUUUUUUUGUCUUUUAGGUAAAACUUUUACUAACUUAAAAAAUUAUAAUAAUAACUUGUUGUAAUCAAUAAUAUUCAAUUGUUAUACAUAAUAUUAUAACAAUUGAAUAUACUGAUUUAAAUGUAUAGAUAUGAAUUGUUGUCAAUGUUUGUUUUUAAAAGCCAAGUCAUGUAACAGUAUAAUUAUAUAGUCAUUUUUUGAAUAAUCAUAUGAUGUGUACAAGGAAGUAAAUUACUUAUACUUCAUUACUAUUCAUUAUGUAACAUACUGAUAGUCAAGUGUGUAUUCUCAACAAUUUUUUACUAAAAUAGUUUGGUUGUAAGAAUAAAAAUUAAAUAUACAUCUUUAAUUAGUUUAUUCGAUGAUUAAUUUAGAAUUAAAUUUCUCAAGUACAUAUAGUUAACUAAUUAAAAUUAUACAAACAUUUCAUAUUUUAUUCACAUAUAUUUUCCAUUAAUUAUUUUCUAAUUAAAUUGUAAAACAAACUGCACAUUUAAUAUACUUAGUAAUUAGUACAAUGUAUUAUGUUGUAUAAAUAAAACCAGCAUUUUCAGAAUAACAAAAUAGUUAAAGAAAUUAUUUUUCAUUAGCCAUAUACAUAAAUUUAAAUUGUAUGUUUUUUAAAUUUUAUUAAAUAUAGAAAAAAUUUGUAUUUAUUUUAAAUUUUAAUAGAGUUACAUAAAAUGUAUUUUACAGAAAUUAAUAAAUAUUAGUUAUCACCUUAAUUAUAAAUGAUUAUUGGAUAUAAAAUGUUUGCAAAAUACCAUGACACGGGUAGAAAGAUUUUAUUUUAUAAAUGUAAUAAUUGAUCAAACUUUUCAUUGUAAUAA